AUGUUUGAGGCGUUCGCAAAGAAGCAUCCCUUGCUAUACGCUUUCCUCUACCUGUUCGUCUUUGAAGCAGGUGGGUCUGCCAUCGUUGCAGGCGGUUUAGAGUUUCUUAUAGCAUGGGGCAUGUAUAGAUUUGUACAUCAUAAAGUGACCCUUUGGGCAUUUCCACAUACUUUAUCUGGUGACUGUGCAUUGUCACUGUUCAUACAAGUCUGUAUAACAUGGUGUUGUGAGGAAAUUUUGAUCAAUUGGGAUUACUACAACAAUAGAACAUGUACUGUCAUGAAUCUCGAUUUGUGGUUAUUCCACAAACUACAAUCAGCAAAGGGCAAAAUCUCAACAAGAUUUUUAAAUUGGUAUCUAGAAAUACCUUACGGUAUAAUAAAAUAUGACAAUGUACAAAAUAAAAAUAAUUCGAAUAAGUUGUCAUUUUUGCCAUUUACUAGAAGAAUAGUGGUCAAUUACCCAAAUGAGGGGCUCCUAUACAACAUUGUCAUUUGGCUUCUCAAAAAAAUUGUAAGAGGAUUGCUUUGGUCUUGUGUCAUCUUUUGCAUCAUAUGGCCUGUGACAAUGGGUAUAAUGGCUGGAAUCGGUACCUCUGUGGGUGCAUAUGAUUUUAAAUUUGAUCAUUAUCCAACUCCUCAAAUAAUGAAACUACUUUAUGCCGUCGCUGUCGCGUAUGCAUCAACACCGUUCACAAUCAUCGUUAUCAUUUUGAGAAAUAACACUUAUGAACUGAGAACAUUGACCAGUAGUGACAGCUUAACCGCUAUACAGAAUAUUGACAUGCUAAAGGCACACGAUGGCAUCGAUUUACCAAGUGAUUCAUCUUCUUCAUCUUUAUAA